UUCAACAUUUCUGUGACGUUUGCGAAACGUGAUAUCAUGCGCUGGAAAUUGCUGUUUAAUAACAACUUCCGCUUCUUCCCCGUGGCGAAGUGCCAACAGAAACGUUAUAAAAAGGUUUACUAAGGUUUUCGGGAACGUUUUAUCGCUUCACAGCCUGCAAAAACUUAAAUGGAGCAUGAUAAUGGCGACAACUACGACUGGUCGACGGAACGACGAGUGGAAGGUUUGGUGAACAAACAUAUGGCAGACAUUGCUCUGGAAACCCUCCAGCAGAGGCUGACUGCUGUGUCCGAUGAGAUGCACAGUCUGGCCGAACAUGUCUCCAGACGCUCAGGUGAGGAGUUGAAGGACGAGCCGCGGAGAGCGGACGUCAGCCUCGGCGUGGAGCCGCCGCUCUCCUCCGCCUGUAGCUCCGGAGCCGCUGACAACUUCAUCUCCGCCUGUUCCACAGAGAUUGCAGCUCAGCGGAAGAUCAUUGCCCUACUGGUGGAGAUCAAGGAGGAGCAGCAGAGGCAGUGGGCAGUACUGAGGGAUCUUCAGGCCCGACUGCUGGCUCAGACUAGCUAUGAAGAGGAGGAUGUGGAGGCUCUGGAUAAGGAUCUCCCUCUGAGGACCCUUGAGCAGCUGGAUGAGAUGGAGAGACGGCUGGAAGAGCCAGGAAUACAAAAGAGACUGGUGUCUUACUUGUCCCGGAUGGGUGGGGCUACAGUCGAUGAUGCAGUGAGACGUCUUAUGCAAGCUGUGCUUUCAUUCGCUGUUGGUUCUGAGCUAAAUUGGGUGGGCCGUGGACAGAAGAGGAGCUUCAGGAACACUCGCCUCCAAGGGGUCCUCUUCCUUUUGUGCUUUCUCGUCUUCCCCCUCUCUCUUCCUGUCACUUUCUGCAGGUAUUUCUGCUCCUGGUGCUGCAGAGUCUGGAUCCGUGACUGCAAACCACCUAUUGUCCCCACGAUCCUGCUCAAUACCCACUGCUUCAAUUAUUGUUAUUCUUUUUAUUAUUAUCAUGAUGAAUGUUUAUGUGGAACCUGCACUGCACAUUAUAAAAAGUACAGUCUAGAACUGAUCUAUAUGAAAAGUGCCCUGAGAUAACCUCUGUUAUGAUUUGGCGCUAUAUGAAUAAAAUUGAAUUGAAUUGAAUUGAAUUGAAUAAUUUGUAGAUCAGCUCCAUUGUGGCUAGAAUUGAACAUGUGGAAGCAAAGAUCGACCAGGCAAAGGACAAAGGAAACAGCAUUAUUGUAAUCGAUAACUCUGUAGAUGGCAGAAUUGAUUUAUAGUUGAAGCAUCAAUGUUGAUUAAUUGAUUUUUUUAUUUUUUUUCCUGUUACUUUCCCCCUGUAGGAUCUGUUAGGGCUGACCCCCAUGUGCAUUUUAGUUAUUUGCUGAUUAAGUUUGAUAGUCAUAUUUUGUUAGAUGCUGAUGCGUCGAAUUGGACGCUUGGAAGACUGUAUUAGUGAUACUGAUAAUGUAGAGUCAGAGCAGCUGAGAUGGUGUUGUAAAUAAACCAGGUGACAUUUUUGAAAGAAUCUAAAUGUUAUGUUGUGUGUUAAAUGGGAAAAUAUUGGGGAGAAAUAAUUUCACUUCAAUAUCUGGGAAAAGGCAAAGUACAUUACAUUAUCUCUCCACAUGAUGGACUAAAUGCUUGUGUUGACUUGACAAUUCAGACUCUGAAUUAAUUAAUUGAGAGAAGAGGUAGCAGUCACCUCAGUUGGAUAGGGAAUUGCUGUAGAGUUCCCGAUCAUUCUUUGUUCUGACUUUUAUUGCAAUUGUUA